AUGCGGAAGAGCUCCCCACAAGGCCCAGCUCGCUUACACACACCCCCCUUGGGUCCAGCCAAAGACCUCCUGCAGCGAGAACGUGAGAUUCACAUCGGCAGCACUGAAGCCCCCAAACCGCCUAGGGGCAGCCCCUACUUCCGGCCUCAGGCCCCGCCUCCACUGGGGCGCAGCGCGCGCCCCCCGGGGCCAGCCCGCGCGCGCCGGGUCACGGCCCCGCCCUUCCCCCCACCCGGCCCAAACCGCACCAACGUACGGAGCUGCCGCUCGGUGCCCGGGCCAGGCCAGCCGAGGCCCUCACGGCCACCCCACUGUCGCCGCCCCGGGCCCGCUGGCCAGCUCACCGGCUCUCAGGGGAACCGCGUCUACUGCUCGCGCCCGGCUCCGGUUCCGUCUUCGUCUCGUUCAAACUGCCAGGCCCCGCCCGCCCAGCCGCGCGAUGACCUCACACGCACCCCCCUCGUGACGCGCCGACGUACGAGCUCGUCAUCCCCGGGCGGCUCCUUUUAUAGAGAGCGGCUGGGCCGCGCGCCGGGGGGCGGAGCCCAGCCGUUGAUGGACUACCGGGGCGAGGCUCAGGCUGUCCCGGCGGCUGGGCACGUGACCGGCCACGGCCAAUCACCUCCCACUCAGGCAGCUUGCGAUCCGCCUCGAAGGCAAGGCCGGGUUAGAAAGUCCCAGUAG